AAACUAAGGGAAUUUUGACAUUUUGUGACACGGCAAAAAUAAAAACAAACGUAGACCUAAAAACGUUCUCAAUUCGAAUAGGAAAAGAAAAUGUGCAUUUCUUCUGUGAAAACUAAUGGAUUUAAUAAACAAUUGUCAUGCAAAAUAAAUGGCGUCGAAACCGAAAUUGUUUUUCAUGCAUUUGCCAAUAAAUGGUUUCUGCUGAUCACCCAAUAUGGACGGGUGCCAAAUAUGUAUAGCGUACAAUUUGAUUUGAAGCGCAAUGACGGUGCUCCUCUGGCUGUGCAGGGACCCAUUAAUCAUCCACAAUUUCACAUGUCCGUACCCAUUACAAUAACAUGCAAUUUUGGAGCCGAUCGUGAUGAGACACGCAGUGGCGUACAAUUUCUGGUGAACAGAUCUAAGCUCAACAAUUGUCCACACGAGUUUAUGAUUGGCCUGGGCAUUAAGGAGUUGAAUGGAGAAACUUUGCACGAAAUAGCAAAGGUUUUGGAUGAAGUCAUAGCAUAACUGCCGCAGUUCUAUUUUAAGACCAGUAGUGGGGUCCUUUAAUUAUUUGAGUUAAGCCCUUCCAAUAGCAACAGUGCCGUUAACUUUAAUUUAGGCUUUUCAUUGAUAAUUUUACUGCUAUUUCGGUAACUCAAAAAAAGAGUUAGAGAAUCCCACUAUAGGAGGAGAGAGAAAAUACGCUCGGAACAUCAUUCACUUUUUCAUAAAAAACAAAAAUGUUACUUUUUUAUUGAUUUAAAAUAAAUUUGUACAUUAAAACGUGUACAAAACUCUUAAAAAA